AUGUUUGGAACAGUUUCCGAGGAGAGGGAAGUGAGCGUGCCGGCAAGUGAGGCAUGGAAGCUCUACGGCACUCUCCGACUUGCCAAAAUUGUUGGAGAAGCGCUUCCUAAUUUGAUCGAGAAAAUUGAGGUCGUAGAAGGAGAUGGAGGAGCUGGAACAAUAGUCAAACUAUGUUUUCCACCAGGCGCUGGGUUGGGCGAUUACAAAGAGAAGUUCACUGUGGUGGAUGAUGAGAAACGAGUGAAGGAAACCGAGAUAGUUGAAGGUGGAUAUCUUGAUAUUGGAUUUAGCUUGUAUCGCGUUAGGUUUCAAGUUAUAGAAAAGGAAGGGAAUUCAUCAUCGUGCAUCACCAAAUCCACAAUCGAGUAUGAGGUGAAGGAAGAGUCUGCUGCCAAUGCUUCGUUUGUUUCCAUCCAACCACUAGCCAAAAUUAUGGAAGUUGCUGCAAAUUGUUUGGUUGGUAGCUAA